GUGUUAAGAAACUAUUUUUUGCUAUUUGCAAUAUUGACAUCUCAUGUUUGGAUACCAGGCAUACCAGAGCUCAUGCAGUUUUUAAUUUAAUUCAAUAUUACUUGGGAUUAAGUGCCUUAAUAUAUGUGUAAAUCUAUAAGGGUCUGGACUACAAAAAGACAAAAAUAUUUUAGUUUAAUUGUUUUGAUAUAUUCUAUUCAGUCAAUUUUUUUUAGCUGCCUAUAGGCCCUUGGGAACAAUUUUUCAAAUGAAUCAUAUUUUGGGCUAGCAGCACUUUCUCUCCACCCAGGUGGGUGGGUUUCACUUGAUUACUCCACCCCCAUGCCAUCCUCUGCAUUUUCUACAGUAUUUUUUUUUUCUUCUUUUUGAAUAUACUCUUCCAGCAAAUGGGUUUAAAAGCUUGUCAUUUGAAAAUCAAAGGCUAUCACCUUUUCUUGCAGACACAGACAAGGCCUAUGAAUUACAGGGACACCCACAUUAAGGUGCCGCUCAACCUGCAGUCCAAUGCUCAACCACUAAGUUACACGCCCACUUUGUUUGACAAACAUUUUUUUCUAUUUCAAUUUUUUUUUCCUCUUCCUGAAAAAAAGUUUGCAGGCCAUCAUUCAAAACCGGAAUGACCAUUCCUUUCACGCAACAACAGGGAACCCCCACAUCUGAGCUGGGAACCGUUUGAUAUCCAAUCAAAUGCUCUACUGCUAUACACCCCAAUUUUUCAUGACUUUAUGGACUUUUUUCUUCACAGAGAAAAACAAUGGAAAUAAUGUAACUGAUACAUUUGUGACCUUUUUGUUGUCUCCGUUCAUCACCAGGGACACCACCUGUAAAUGGGACCCUCCAGGAGGUCAUGGUUCCACUUAUCGACCACAACACAUGCACAGAAAUAUACAACAGCGUGGGAUCCAGCACACCCAUCCACUAUGAUAGGAUUUGUGCUGGCUACAGAAACGGACAGAAGGAUGCCUGCCUGGGUGACUCAGGAGGACCUCUGGUGUGUAAGGUCCGGGGAAUCUGGUACCAGGUUGGAAUCGUAAGCUGGGGCAUUGGCUGCGCUGAACCAUAUUACCCCGGGGUGUACACCCAGGUGACUGCCUACCAAAAUUGGAUCAGAUCCCACCUAAAUCAAACAUUCAGUGAUGUCCGAGAUAUUCCCCCACCAACACUGAAAUGUGGAGGAGACUUCAACAGCAAUGGAGGAAGCAUCCAUCACUCCCACCUUCACUGGACCACCUUGGUUAUAGCUGCUUUACUCUUCUUUUUAUCUAUAACCAGUUACUGUCCACCUAUACAAUCAGUAGACUGCAAUAAAGGGUUUCAUAGACCACAGAGUGCCUACUAGAGUAAGAUGAAUAUUCAAGCAGAACUUGAUAAUGUGUAAAAAUAAAAUAGAUUGUUUUAUUUAUGGAAGUUGA